ACUUCGCCCGUCGGGUGCGGCGUAUUCCUUUGACUGAGGACGCGUUUCCGCCUGCCAUGUCUUUGUUUCUUUGACAAGCGGCGUCCGUCACUCCGACUGGUAGGUGCGCGGCCAUGGAGACGGGAGGUCCACCGCUGGCGCCUUCGGCCUUCGGCCACCGCUUCGGGCAGAUCCCUAUGCCGAACCCUCGCAGCGGCGGCGGCGGCGGCGGAGGAGCUCACCGUCGGGCCAUCUCCGAGACUUUCCUCAGCCUCCCCGACGACCUGCUCUUCGACACCGACCCAGACUUCGGGGUUUCCGACUUGGACUUCCCCUCCCUCUCGGACGACAACGUGUCAGGAGGCUGCGAGGCGGGCAGCUCCGGAGCGCUCAUAGCGGAGCAUGGAGCGGUGGAUCACCCGGCGGCGCCGUCGACGAGGCCGGUCCCGGGGGCUCACCUGAGGAGCUUGUCGGUGGAUACCGCGCUCUUCGAGGGGCUGGGGUUCCAGGCCGGUGGCAGCUACGAAGGGGGACAAGAAAGGAAAGGGCACCAUCGGCGGAGCGGCUCCAUGGAUGGGUCGAUCUCGUCAUUCGAGGAAGACUCGGCGUCGCUUCUAUCAGAUUAUGCGAAGAAGGCCAUGCCGGCUGAUAAGCUCGCGGAGCUGGCCCUCCUCGACCCCAGAAGGGCAAAAAGGAUCCUUGCGAACAGACAAUCUGCUGCGCGUUCUAAGGAAAGGAAAGUCCGUUACACAGGUGAACUUGAACGGAAGGUGCAAACACUUCAGACUGAGGCAACUACACUAUCUGCACAGCUCACGGUUUUUCAGAGAGAUACCACUGAUUUGACCACUGAGAAUAGGGAGCUCAAGUUGCGGUUGCAGGCUAUGGAACAACAGGCUCAACUUCGUGAUGCUUUGAAUGAAGCUUUAAGAGAAGAAGUGCAGCGGCUUAGGAUAGCAACUGGACAAGUUCCAAAUGCAAGCGGAGAUCACUUCAAUGGAGUGUUUCAGCAGUCUAUAUCAAACUACUAUUCUCACUCACAGCAGCUUCCUCCCAUACAUCCAUCGAAAACUCAAAGUUCCUGCAAUGGUCAGACACCGAGUGUCCAUUCUCCAAACGAUCCGAUGGACUUCAUGUGAUGUGAUGCCAAUUCAAUGAUAUGAUGUAAGAAAUAAUGCCUUCACAAGCCUACGUGCAGGUAAUUGACUCGAAGGGCACUUAUGUUGGCUGUAACUUGUAGCAAUUAGGAGUUGAUGGAUUUUGUAUCAUUAAAUUACAAACUAAUGUCUGUAAGGGAAUGAAUGACCUUCUCUGGUGGGUUUCACUCUGUACAGAGUUAAUAAUGAAAAUACCUGUCUACCUACAUGGUGAAUGUGUAAUAUGAAUAUCCUCAUAUAUUCUUUGAAGAUGUGUAAUUUGCACGUGUCA